GCACAGAACACAAUUCAGUGAACGGAAGUAACUGCUUGUUUUCAGGAAAUGAGCUGAUAAAAUGAGUAUUUAUUAAUAAUUAACAUUGCACAUUCGGAAUAAAACCAACAGUAGGCACGUCAUGUUGGCUCAGUGAAAUAUUUUCAACGACUACAAAUCUCUACUUGGCAUCGUUAUAAAAAAUAAAUACAUAAGUCGUUAAUUAAAUAUUGUAAUGAAAUUGUUACAAGCAAUCGCAUGCCUUUUGGCAAUGAUAGACCAAAUUUGUGCAGCAAAUCUUGUUGAUCCAGAGAGAAUAAAUACCCGCAAAGAAUAUAAUGUUUGCAAAAUGAAAUCAAACUGGAAUGUGGUUGAAAGUAAAGAAGACUGCCAUAAAUUCUACCUAUGCAUUAACGGUAACGCAGAGGAAUAUAACUGUGCCGAUAAUUAUUAUUUCGAUCCAAAGCAAAAACGUUGUAAAAUAGGUGAAUGUUCAACUACGGAGGCAAUAGAUAAAUGCACAUCCCAAAGCAUACGCCGCAUCAAUGACAACUGUCAAGCCUUUUCCCGUUGUUUGAAUGGAAAAUAUAUCAUACAAAAUUGUACAAGGGAACAAUAUUUUUCAACGAAAUAUGCCAGCUGUCAGCCAAUAGCUACAAGCGCCGACCACAAAUGUAGUUGUCUUCUACCUGCUUAUGCCAUCAUCAGCAAUCCAGAUGACUGCGAAACAUAUUAUAUGUGCACUGAUGGUAGAGCAGUACUACAGCAAUGCCCAUGGGGACAAUAUUAUAGCGCACAAGUCAGUAGCUGUCUUCCAGAUUUGAGUGGCAUUUGUAAAACUUCGCCUACAGUGAGCUCAACUGAUUUGGCGACGGAUGAAAUGUGUAACAGUUUUGGCAAUAAUAAUGCAGGUUUUCAGCCAUAUGUGAAAGAAUGUGAUAAAUUCUUUUUAUGUAUAAAUGGACGAAUGUUUACUAGACGUUGUCCAAAAGGAACAUACUAUGAUAAAAACAAGCGCUUCUGUCGUUGGGAUGUAAAUGAGAUAUGUACUGAACAGUCGAACAAAUUGGAAGAGGUUCAUUUAUUCGAAAAUACAGAAAAAGCCGAAAUUUUAUAUAUGAAAGCGCCACCAACUCUUCCUACUACAAAGGCAAUUACAAAAAUUCAACUAGAUAAUCAAAAUUCCACCGUUGUUCCAAAUGUGAUCAACAACACAGAUAAUAGUAUCAAAAAAGAAGGAGAACAGAUUAAAGAUACUAAACUAGUUAUUGCUUCUGCUCAACCGAACAAAUCUGUAUAUGAUAAACUGUCAUCAAAAUUUAUAAAUUUUUAACUUCAAUAUAAAUUGAGCAUUUUCCUAUUACUUUUAUUUGAAUUAAAUUAAAUCAUAAAAAUUAAAUCAAUAUAUACAAUGACGCAGUUGAAUAACAUAACUUUAUAUUCGAAAUUCAUAAGUUAUCUUUAGAGUUAGGUAAGGAAGAUUGCAAUUGGUAUAAGCCACAUAUUUUAAUUUUUGCCAAAUAUAACAAACAAAAAAAAAGCCGGCUUCGCUCUAACUAAUAUAACAAGUAAACAACAAUCCAAAUAAUAUUCAAAAGGCUUUUCAAUUAUAAGAUAAAACUCACCUUCCACGACGCUUGACAAUAUGGUGAAUAAUUAACUGUACGACACAAUGUAAUAACACAUUGCCUUAGAGGUUCGCUUGGAAAUAUCGUGUAACACAUAACCAUUUCAAGAAUUGUCAAACACUGAAUACCAAUGUCAUCUUCUUCCACUGUACAACUCAAAUUACAGGCAUUUCUUAAAGGAAUGGAAAUUAUUAUAUAUACAGUUUACCAAAAAGCUAAACAUACUAAUAUAUACGUACUGAAUAAUACCAACCACUAUAUCCUUAUCUAAUAGUGAAGCAUUGAACUUAAUGAUAUUGCCCAAAAUACUUAAGAACUCACGAAGUAAAUGAGCCUCAGUUAUGGCUGGAAUCCAUUGUAGCAUAAAUUUGCCAAUCUAUCCAAAAGUAUUUUAAAACGCCGUUACAAAUAAAGUAACAUUACUUACCUCUUCUUCGAAA